GUACUGCAAUCCUCUUUUUCUAAUUUGAGUCUACGUUGUAACUUAGAGUCGACCUUACUAAAGUAGGGUUGCUCUUUAUUAUAUCCAACAGGUCGUUGAUCGUGUUGGAUUGGUCUUUGAGUGAUGUUUAUGAGCCUUGUUGACGGAGCUAAUGGUAUAUUACCUGAUUGAUUGAUUGGUUGGUUGGUAGGUGGGUUGUUAUGGAUUCAGCUGAUCUGGACCAAGUUACAGUUUGAUUUUCGAUCGAUCAGUUUUGAUUGGGUAUGUUUGAAGUUGAUUGAGUAGUUUUGGUUUGAACAAUGCAGCUGCUGGAAGUUCUUAUCACAGAAAAUUGCAUUAUUUUAUUUCUUCUUUUCACUGCAUUCCUUAGGAAGGAAAAGAGCAAAUCACACAAGCCCUGCUGAUAGGACGAAGUUGUCAAGAAAAACUUGAUGUUAAAUCCACAGUUAGCUAAUUCGGUAAUGAACUUGAGCUAUCUCUGAAUGCGCACGUGUGUAUGUAUGACCGUGUGUACUAGAUGGAGAGAAAUAGAGAGAGAUGGAGAGAGAGAGAGAUCACUUGAUAAGAAUCCAAACUCAUGCAGCUACCCAGAGAAUUCAUUUCGAAUAGCUUUUCUGUACUUUUUUCCCCCAAAAUAUUACGGAGUGGAGUAUCUCACAGCGCCCUUCCCUUUGUUACAAAAACUCCGUGAUUUGAAAGUCCGACAAAUUCAUCGCAAAAAAACUUAACUAUCGAGGCGUGAUUUUAACCAUUUCCAUCAAUUAGUUUACCUUUCUUAGGAGACGCGUUGCUACCCUGGAGCCGAGUUGAAUAUCCGGAUCUUCGGCGAACUUGUGAGAGAGCGCUGGGACGCUAUCGAACAAUACAAAGAUCCCAGUUGUCAUCUGCUGAGUACACUCGUGGACACUCCCAAUUCUAUCAAUUCUCACUAGCUGCAGAGAACACCGAUCAUCUUUCGAAGAAGGGACAGUCCUCCAGUCGAUUGAAAAUGUGCGGCGUGUUGGAAUCUGGUGGCCUCAACUCGUCAUGUAGCUCAAAACCCAGAAUGUCGUGAAGAGCUUUCGAGAAAUCGACCCAGCAAUGAGGAAUUGAAUUUCAUUUCACCUGGAGGUCUUGAUUGUUCAUGAAAGGAUAGAUCAGUCAUCUUCUGACCCAGUAAACUAGCGCCAGAUUGUCCAUUCAGAUUAGUGUCGUGGGUUUGCUUGGAUUGUCAUCUAUCGGAGACUCGUCGUCAACUGGUUUUAACUCAUUUGUGUCCAGUGAGAGUUCUCUUUUCGUCCUUAAGCUCAUUAGGUGUUCGAUCGUUUGUCUCCGUUCGGGAAAGUGCAACCUGGGGUCGUACGUCAAGAAGGCCAUUAUGCUAAGCUCCAAGGAGAUUCACGGAAAAACCUCUCUGUACUUCUUUUCAAUCGUGCUCCUGAUACCGAAGCAAGCCUACUCUCCUGCUCUGGGCCAAAAUUGUCUGAAAACUGCAAAUUACUAGGAAACGCAUGCUUCUUCAAAAGCUUUAGAUAAUCCUUUAUCACAGCCUUCGACGAAAGAAGUACAAAUUGAGUACCAGAACUGUCAGGCGAUACCGUAUUACAUGGUGGAAGAGGAGGCAUCUCGCAUCCGGAACCGACUACUUGGGACACUGAAUCAAUUCGAGAAUGUCGCCGCCAUUGUUGCUCUCACUGUGCCUCACGCUGCUUACUUGCCAAUGCCAUGGACAAGCGCCCCUUAACGACGGAUACGCUCAACAGUCUCGCACUUUGGGCAUCAACUACGGAACACUUGGCGACAACCUUCCCAGCCCAGCCGAUGCAGUCGCAGCAAUCAAGGCAAUGAAAAUUGGAAGAGUGAAAUUAUUCAGUCCAAAUGCAGACAUCCUCACAGCGCUGGCGAACACCGGUAUGGAGGUUGUGGUGGCAGUGCCGAAUGAGGAGAUUGUCGCGGUCGGUGCAAGCCCCGCCGCAGCAACUGCUUGGGUUCGGCUGCACAUCUCACCUUAUCAUCCUGAAGCAAACAUCGUAGUCAUCCUUGUUGGAAACGAAAUUUUCACUGGCACAACCUUUCAAUCGACAUGGACGUCUCUCCUCCCAGCGACCCAAAACCUUCAUGCUGCGAUUGAGAGCUUCGGCUGGUCAGGGCAAAUUAGGAUUUCCACCGCCGUAGCACUGGAUGUACUGGCCUCCUCGUUUCCGCCUUCCGCAGGAACAUUCCGCUCGGACAUUGCCACGUCUUUCGUUCGACCCCUGCUCUCAUUCCUUACCAAAACAAACUCCUACUUGUUCGUGAACGUAUAUCCCUUUCUGACGUACUCCAGCAGCUCCGACAUCAACCUCAGCUACGCCAUGUUCGCCAGCACCACGGACAACGUUGUAGACGGCGGGCUCACGUACACCAAUCUCAUGGACGCGCAGCUCGACGCAGUGUACGCUGCUGCAACCAAGCUCGGAUUCACAAGCUUGCGCAUCGCAAUUGGUGAGACGGGAUGGCCUUCUGCUGGCGACUCAACUGAAGUUGCCGCCACAAUCGACAACGCCGCAAAUUACAAUCGGCGUUUGGUGCGCAAAAUUCUGUCCACAACACAAAUCGGCACUCCGGCCAGGCCCGGAGUGUUCAUCCCAACCUACAUUUUCGCUCUUUUCAAUGAAAAUUUGAAGCCUGGAGUCAGUUCCGAGCGCAACUGGGGCCUUCUCCACCCUAAUCUCUCUCCUGUAUACGCAAUAGACCUUACGGGCCAGAUCUAUGACAGUCAAUACAGCCCUAACAGCAACAGCUCUCCACUUCAGACAGGGUCAGGCACAUGGUGCAUCAGCAAUGAGAAUUCGGAUCCUGUCACUCUGGAGAAUGGUUUAAACUUCGCAUGCGGCGCAGAUGUGGAAUUUUGCAAGGCCAUUCAACCGAGUGCGAGUUGCUAUCUUCCCAGUACUAUUGUCAGCCAUGCUGCUUGGGCAUUUAAUAACUACUGGCAGAAAUAUAAGGGUGCUGGCGGAAGUUGCUCCUUUAGUGGAGCUGGCGUCUUGACCUCCACUGAUCCAAGUAAGAGCCUAUCAAGCACCUCAGAGUUCUUUUUGUCGUUUUCAAAGAUGAAUUUGGUUUGCAGAUGUGGACGUCUUUAGAAGUAAACCCACAAUCAUAUAUCGUGGGUGCGCUCGGGAGUUCAAUUCUCCUGACAUUAUGCUGCUCAGGUUAUGGAGCUUGUGUGUUCCCGCACUAGUGAAGAUCAGCUCUCAGAAAUUGCAUGGAGAAGUAAGAGCUGCAGGAUGAACACCACCAACCCUUAGAAUCAUCAAAUUUGAAGAAAUCACAGAUUGGGCACACACAUUCUUUUACUACCUGAAUGUGACGUCGCGGGUCCUUCGAAAACUUUCUCUCAUGAAUGGCUGUCGACUUUUUUUGUUACAUAUUGAACAUUCAUCGAAGUGGUUGAUUAGGUGAUAAGUAUGCACAUAUUUGACUAAAUACGACGGCAAACUAAUUUGUAGGCCACGGUUCGUCUGUACUCAACCUCACACUGUUAGUCUUUGGUCUUUUUAACCGAGCAGUUCAGUUCUUCAUAUUCAGUACGAAUUCUAGCAGAUUGAGAACUGUUAGUGUAACGUGAGGAGCCUCAGGUUUUUGUACGUGGUCGCAGCGCUAGAUUCUCCAAACAUAAUAUUGUUCUGUGCAUGUACAUGUAAAGUUGCAUUGAUACACUCCUCAACAGUGAGCGAAUACGCUAUUCAAAUAAUUAACUGAGUAGGACAUUUGUCCGGGGAUGCCGAGACCUGCACAUGCGAUGCUUGUGUGAUAGCUACGGAGGAGGUGAAGCGCAUCCUUCCACCUGUGAGUAACUGCAAUGCAUAUCAUGACAUCAUUCGGAGACGGGUACUGCCCUUCCGUUUUUCACGAAACUGGACCACUCUCGGCGUUUCUAAGAACAACCGGACCAGGUAACGCCGGAAGCUCUGGGCCCAAAGUUGUCAUGUUUCGCUGGUGACUUUCACGUCCAGUACAGAGUAACCCUAAUCUCGAUCAGUGGGCAAGUCGGUUUUGCACUCUUUGCGUGUUCGCCAUCACUGGAUCGACAUGGGUAAAGAGCCCUAUUCCAGAGGAGAGCCAGCCGAAGUGCAUUCCAUCCGAUCCACAUGUUCCAAUUCGAGCAGAGACUCGGUCUGCCCCGGCACUGCGUCAUGGCUUUUGCGACGGCCUGGUGAACUCUCAUCACGGAUGUGACCAAAAAUCAUUGUUUAGAACUGAAUUGUGGAUGCGUUGGAGUAAAAUAAACUCCUCUGCUUCAAUGUUUAUACUUAUCUACGGCCACUACACAUCCCUUUGAGAUUUAUGGCAUGGACAGUGGAAAACAUAUUUUGCAACCAUACUAGAUUAUUACUGUCCUAACAACUUUGAAAAUUCACAGACUGGGGGGUGGAGUGUACGCGGUCCUAGAUUGUGUCCGUGGAAGUUACAUUUGAACUUCCAAACUAUAAAAUGCGUGUUCUACAA